AAUGGGCCUUUUUUGUUUUUUCAUUGGAAUAUUUUUUCACAGAUUGUCAGUAAGAAAACAGAAUCUCUCGAAAUUACUUCACCAUAUCAGAUAAUUUUGAAAGGAAAUGAAGGUCUCACUAUGGCUGGGAAGGAAAUAAUAUGGACAACUGGGCUUGAUUUAUAUUUAAAAAGUGUGAAUCAGAGUAUCAUCUUGGAUGGAGCUAAAGGUGUUAUGAUUUCUGCUGAAAAAAUAUCUUUUGCUGCAGAAACUCAAGAUAGUGCUCCUCGUUGGUAUAAAUUAUGUAUUUGUAUGCCAAGUGGGCGUGUUUUUCGUAUUCCAGUUCGAGAGCAUGGAUAUGGUUGUCAAAAUGUGACAUUUCCUGGAAGUAUUAACCCAUGUUCUUAACUAAUAACUUGUGUUUAUAUGUUGUGUGUGCUUCACUCAUUCAGGGGAAAAAUUCCAUUCUAGUGACAGCAGUGUAGUUAGUGGUGAUGUUAAUUAAUUUAAAAGUGUUAGAAAUUGUUAAAUAAACAUGCAUCAAUAAAAAAAAGUUGUAUUUUAAAGAG